UCAUCCCUAUUCCGACGAUUCAAGGAGAAUUCCCAAAUUCUUCUUCUGUAUUCCGAGAAAUCAAUGCGUCAUAUAGAUAUCUUCAUCAAUUCUAGAAAUCAAUCGUGCACAUACAUUUGUUGCCAGCAGCCUCCAGGUGCUUUAAUUUCGGGUGAAAAAUGAACGUUAGAAUAAUGGAAAGGGAUAUUCAAAGCCCUAGAUCGCCUUCAACUCCGACUUCCCGAGCUCGGCAUCGGAGAAGGUCAACUGAGGCAUUUCCAGAUGUAAUGAAGUUAAAUGAAAGUGACUUGCUCGUCAAUGACCAAAACAAAUACAGAUCGAUGUGGAUCCGAACAUAUUCUUCUGUCUGGAUGCUUCUUGGCUUCAUAUUGGUUGUCUAUUUGGGCCAUCUUUACCUUUGGGGUAUGAUAAUCAUCAUCCAAAUCUCAAUGGCCAGUGAGCUGUUCAAUUUGCUUAGAAGAGCUCAUGAAGAUAAGCGUCUUCCUGGAUUCAGACUUCUCAAUUGGCAUUUCUUCUUUACUGCAAUGCUGUACGUGUAUGGUCGUAUUCUCAGCCAACAGAUAAUGCAUGCCGUAACUCCUGAAAAGUUCUUCUAUAAGCUUGCGACCAGUUUUAUGAAGUAUCAGAUGGUUAUCUGUUAUUUCUUAUAUAUUGCAGGGUUCAUGUGGUUCAUUCUCACAUUAAAGAAGAAGAUGUACAAAUAUCAAUUUAGUCAGUAUGCAUGGACACACAUGAUUUUGAUAGUUGUGUUUACGCAAUCCUCGUUCACUGCUGCCAAUAUCUUUGAAGGGAUAUUCUGGUUUCUCCUCCCAGCAUCACUUAUUGCGAUUAAUGAUGUAGCCGCUUAUAUCUUUGGUUUUUUCUUCGGGAAGACUCCUCUUAUCAAGCUUUCUCCAAAGAAGACAUGGGAGGGCUUUAUAGGAGCAUCAGUCGCAACCGUUAUUUCAGCAUUCGUGCUUGCGAACAUUUUGGGUCGUUACCAGUGGUUGACAUGCCCACGAAGGGAUUUGUCAACGAGUUGGCUUCAAUGUGAUCCUGGUCCUCUUUUCAAGCCAGAAUAUUUUGUGUUACCCAAAUGGUUAGCUCAAUGGUUGCCAUGGGAAGAGAUAUCAGUUUUACCGGUGCAAUGGCAUGCUUUAUGCCUUGGUUUGUUUGCAUCAGUUAUAGCACCGUUUGGAGGCUUUUUCGCAAGUGGGUUCAAGAGAGCCUUUAAGAUCAAGGACUUUGGUGGCAGUAUUCCAGGACACGGUGGCUUUACCGAUAGAAUGGACUGCCAGAUGGUUAUGGCCAUUUUCGCUUACAUCUACCAUCAGUCCUUCGUCAUCCCGCAAUAUUAUCCCGUUGAGAUCCUCUUGGAACAGAUAUUAGGAAGCCUUACGUUCGAGGAGCAAGAAUUGCUACUCACGAAACUGAAGGAGGUAAUAGACGGGAGACAGUUCCAGAACUGAUUCGCCGUUGUUUCAAUUUUCUUUUACACGAAGAGAAAGCGGUAAAUGAUAUCGAUGGCAGUAUACAUCCGUAGUCAUUAGUAUUCUCUCAUUCUUUGAUUCAUUUUUAGUCUUAUUAGAUAUUUGUUAUUUUGUUUCCGAUGUACCCUCUUGAAAUUAGGACGAAAACAUCUGUAAUUCCCGGUAGAUGUCAA